AUGUGGGUAAACCCUAGGAAAUUACGUGCUUGUUCUAACUAGCCAUUGAAAAAUGCAUAAGAUCAAUAAGUAAAACGAAAAAUUAGUGACUAGUAAGUGUUAUAAUUACACUAUGAUCCUGACUAGUUUAAGGGAAUUCCAAAAAAAAAAGAAAAGGAUGAAUUUAAAGAAGAAUAGAAUUUAAACUAGAUUCUUAAUUAAAUAAAUAUUGAAAAUUUCAAAUGUGCUUGUCCGAAUCAUGAUAAAUCUAUUUUAAUGGUUGUACUUGAUCCAAAUUUAAAAUCACAUGAAAGACUAAAAUGCUCUUAAUGUAUAGUUGAAUUAGAGCCGAAUAGUAGAAAUAUGGGAUUAAAUAAAGCUAUUGGAAUAACUUAAGACAACUAUAAAAAGAAAAAAGAAUAAAUAGAAAUAGUUGUUGAAUGUUGUUAUAAGGAUAUUGAAUAGAUCAAAAACAACCUUAUUUAAUUAAAGAGCCAUCUAAUAAACAAGCUAGAUCAAAUGCUUGAAAUUACAAAUAUGUGGAUGAAAGAUUUGUAAAAUUACAAAGAAAUAGAAUAUAACUUUGCUAAUGAAAUAUAACGAAUAGUUGACUCUGAGGAUAAGCAUGAAAUUGAUCAAUUGCUUAUUGAAAUUAAACCCUUGAAUAUGAAAUGGAUUCCCAAAUUGUAGUCGAACUUAUACUAAUUUUCCUCAUUCAAAGAAUAUUCUAUUUGCUAAACUCUAUUGAAAAAAUUAGCACAAGAGAAAACAACCUCAAUUAAGAAAAAAGAAGCUUAAAAAAGCUAUUCCCCUUUUCCAAAAAAUCAAAUUUUCUAAAAAGAACCAGAUUUUUAUAUAAGGUAAAGAUUACCAAGUAUGAAAGAAUGAAGAAUUACUAAAACAAACCCUUAGUGGGGUUAAUUGAACUUAUAAG